UUCACCUGUUCGCAUGCACAUUUCUUCCCCCUUUCUUCCACUUGGGAUUGCCUUCUAUCGCCCCAUGAUAAUGACAAAAGACCUCAUGCCUCUAACAAUGCUGUCGUACGCGUGCAGCUUGCUGAUCCUAUCCGCGUCUUUUGCCGGUGCCUCCCUGGCCGAGAUGGUGUUCCGCUGCCCCGGCUGCACCGCGGAGCGCCAGGCGCUGUGCCCGAGGCUCACCGAGACUUGCGCAGAGAUAGUGCGCGAACCCGGCUGCGGGUGCUGCCCCGUGUGCGCCCGCCAAGAGGACGAGAUGUGCGGCGUGUACACCCCGAGGUGCACCACCGGUCUGCGAUGCUACCCGACGCCCGACUCGGAGCUUCCCCUGGAGCAACUGGUGCAGGGUCAGGGGCAAUGCCUGCGCAAAGUGGACACCGAGACGGCCACUUUGAGCCAGGAGCAGCGGGAGCAAACCAGCGGCGAGGCUGUGGAGCCGCUGCCUGAACAGGGUGUGAGCGAGAUCCCGGCCAUCCGGAAGCCCAGCAAAGAGACCACCUGGCUGGGACCCAAAGAGAGCGCCGUACGCCAGCACAGACAGGAGAUGAAGACCAAGAUGAAGACCAACAAGGUGGAGGAAGUGAAACCCCCGCGGCCCAAACAGACUCAGUGUCAGCAGGAGCUCGACCAGAUCCUGGAGAGGAUAUCCAAGAUGCCCUUCAGAGAUAACCGAGGUCCCCUGGAAGACCUGUACGCCCUGCACAUCCCCAACUGUGACAAGAGGGGGCAGUAUAAUCUCAAACAGUGCAAGAUGUCUCUGCACGGGCAGAGAGGCGAGUGCUGGUGCGUCAACCCCCACACCGGCCGAUCUAUCCCAUCAGCCCCCAUUGUGAGGGGCGACCCCAACUGCAGCCAGUACCUCAGAGAGCUGGAGCUGGAGCUCCCUGACAUGGACCAGAUUUAAAGUGGCAUAAAAACAAAACAAAAAAACAAAAAAAAACUGUAAAGUACCUGGGAACAAAAAAAACAUCUGAGUAAGCUAUAUAUUAUCUGUCUAUUUGUAUGUGUCUGUAGUUCAUUUGAUGACAUUUGAAAUCUUAACCACCUAAAAGGAUUAGACGAUAGAAUCCAGCGUGCUGCGUAGGAUGCAACUGCAGAUUAUUUGUAGAAGUAAAGAUAAGACUUUCAGUAGACAGCUGGAGUGUUGGUGACUUUUGCUUUACUAAUUGUGACUGUGCGCAGAGUUGCUCUGUUAUCAGUGUUUUGUUCUGUUUGUGUUGAAAAGUGAAAAGCCUUCAACGUAUUUGGUUUUAGGUGUGUUUUCGUUGUCCUCGCUUGCAGACUACUGUUACGCCUCAUUAACAGAUAACGCUAUUAAAAUGGUAAUAAAUUCAA